CAAUGAAGCUGCCCUUUCCCGCUAUGUACUCUUCUUAUCUGGGUGGGAUCUCUCGCCGCGCGACAGAGGGAAGAAGCCAUUCUCAUCAGCGCUUUCGUCUCCGAGCUCGCAUCGAAUCAACGUCGCCGGAACUCUCUCCUCUGCACCAAUGCCGCUUCUCCACUCGUCAAAAUUGGCGGUCCCGGCCCUCAACUGUGAUCCGAACAAUCUUCUGUGCCCACUCGUUGGGCACGUUGCAGACAUCAAAUUCAUGCGGUUCGUCUGUCCAAAGCGGAGCAUUUCACCUUCCUUUGCCGCGAUCUGUUCCACCACCAUGCUUGACCCCCUUAGAUCAUCAAAGGCGAGGGUCGAUCCAGGAGAGACAUCUGGAUUGCGGGAAUGUGGCUGGUCAGAAGUUGCGGCAGGUGCUCCUGAUAAUGACUGCGGGGAAGUAAAACUAAAUAGCGAGAUUGUCCCCUCGGGAUGUUUGAAUGACGAGAGCUAUAAGGAAAGUGAGAGAAGGAGAAAAAUUGGAGAAGCCAACAAAGGGAAAAUGCCGUGGAAUGUUGGCAGGAAACAUAGUGAAGAGACUCGAAAGCGAAUCAAGCAGAGAACAAUCGAAGCAUUGAGAGACCCCAAGAUCAGGCAGAAGAUGUCUGAACAUCCCCGUACUCACAGUGAUUUGAUCAAAGCAAAGAUUGGCUCUUCACUUCGGCGCAUUUGGAAAGAGCGUUUAAAGCGUAAAAGGUUGAAAGAGAAAUUCUUCUCAUCAUGGGCAGUUAACAUAGCAGAGGCAGCUAAGACAGGAUGGAGUGAUCAGAGAGAACUGGACUGGGAUAGCUAUGACAAAAUAAAGCAUGAAAUCGAUCUCCAACAUCUUCAUCGGCUUACUGAAAAGGAAAGAGCUAAAGAUAUGGCAAAGAUGAGGAGGGCUCAUAAAGCAGCAGAGGCAAAAGCAGCAAAGAUGGCUAGGUUUGCUCAGAAGAGAAAAGAAAAGGAGGAAAAAGCAAAGGAACGAAAAAAGAUGAAAAGAGUAUCAUGCAGAAAAACAAAGAAGAAGAAAGAUGACUUAGCAGUUGCUCGAGGGAUGAAGCUUAAGAAGAGAUUGCUGAAGAUUAACCGAAAGAGACCCUUAAAAGUUGUCCAAGUCACUGGUCAAGGGGAUGCAGUUCUUGCUCAUAUUCCAGUCUGGGAGAAACUGGAUUUAGAGCAUAUCAAGAGAGAAAAGGCACAAAGGAAACUUUCACUGGCUGAUCAGAUACAAGCGGCCAAAAAUCAAAGCAAAGUUCACGACUUAGAGGCUUUUCUCAUGCCAUCUUCUGUUCAUUCAUCCAGUGAGAAGUGAAGUCUGUGAGCUAUGCAUGCACAGUUGCCGUGUGUCCUGUCUCACUGAAAAAUGUGAUUAUGAAAGGGAAGGUGAUCAUUUUCUCAAUAAUGGAGAAUCUGCCUAUUCAUAGCUAUAUAUUAUGCUGCAUAAUGCGAUCACUUUGUGCUAAGUGUUAUUUAUUAUUGUCACUGAUUUUACCAGCCAACACUUGAGCUGGACACUCGAUCGGGUGACCUAAGAAUAGAGAUGUAAACAAACUUGCUCAUGCCUCAGCUGAUUGGGUCUCGCUUAAUUUCAAUUGUUCUGAUUCUUUUAUUAUGCCUAUGUUCCUUGGCAAGUCGCAAGCUAGGCUAGAUGUCAUUACUUGCGGCUAGCAUUUAGUGUCUUUCUUAUCAGUUGUACUUUUGGAUCUUGGAAUGGAUUGGUUACAUCGUUCACUUAUCCAUAAAAGGAAGUUGCCUUUGGGUUUUCAAGUACUUUUACAUUUUGUCACUAACUUGGUUUGCAUUUUUUACUCUGGUGACAGGGAUUUGUUCGACAUCAUCACUAUCUGGAUGUCUUCUCAGCAAACAAAGGCGAGCUUCUUAGAUUACCGGCGCACAUAUGUUUGCUUGGCUCCGUUCCUGGUGUUUUUGCCAUCUAUCAUGUGCACUAGCGAAUUAUCUUGUCAUCUCUCUCUCUCUCUCUCUCUCUCUCUCUCUCUCUCUCUCUCUCUCUCUCUCUCUCUCUGCAUCCGUGGGCGCUACACUGUGCUUGCAGUGAGAUGCAGCACCCUUGGCAGCGGAGCUGGAAAUAGAACCAGCUGGUGAAGCUGAGUUUCCUUCAGAAUUCAUUCAAAACUUGUUUGUGCUUAUGGCUCUUAUAAAUUAAAUGCCAGAAAGCGCAAGCAAUUCAGGAAAAAGCAACUUGUCGAUAUGAUGAUUAGUAUCUCUAUAAUCCACAUCAAUUUUUU